AUGAAUAUUAAUGAGAAGGAUAAAUUGGCCGAGCAGAACUUAGAAACGCUAGACGUAACCAAACUAACCCCCCUGAGCGAAGAUGUUAUAAGCAGGCAAGCCACGAUCAACCUUGGUACGAUAGGGCAUGUGGCCCAUGGAAAGUCAACACUUGUUCAUGCCAUAUCGGGGGUGCACACAGUCAGAUUCAAACACGAGAAGGAAAGAAAUAUUACCAUAAAAUUGGGAUAUGCGAAUGCAAAAAUAUAUAAAUGUACUAACCCAGAUUGUUUACCCCCAGAAUGUUACAAAUCAUACGAAAGUAGCAAGGAAGAUGAUCCAAUGUGUCCUCGUGAAAAUUGUAAUCAUAAAAUGAAAUUACUAAGGCAUGUCUCCUUUGUUGAUUGUCCAGGACAUGAUAUUUUAAUGGCAACCAUGUUAAACGGCGCCGCAGUUAUGGAUGCAGCUCUAUUACUGGUUGCAGGGAAUGAGUCUUGUCCACAACCACAGACAUCUGAACAUUUAGCUGCUGUCGAAAUUAUGAGGUUAAAGCAUAUUUUAAUUUUACAAAAUAAGGUAGAAUUAAUUAAGGAAGAACAAGCCUUAAAACAGCAGGAAGAAAUUAGGAACUUCGUUUCUGGCACGGCUGCUGAUAGUGCCCCGAUCAUCCCUAUCAGUGCAGUUUUAAAGUACAACAUCGAUGUAGUAUGUGAGUACAUAGUUACACAAAUAAGUAUACCAAAGAGGGAUUUCAUAUCAUCCCCACAUAUGAUUGUUAUUCGAUCAUUCGAUGUUAACAAACCCGGAGAAGAUAUUGAAACAUUACAAGGCGGUGUUGCAGGAGGAAGUAUUCUACAUGGUGUGUUAAAAGUAGGAGAUAAAAUCGAAAUUAGACCCGGUAUUAUUUCCAAAGACGAAAAGGGAGAAAUUACCUGCAGACCUAUCAUAUCGCAAAUAUUGUCCAUGUUUGCUGAAAAUAAUAAUUUGAAAUAUGCUGUCCCUGGUGGAUUAAUUGGAGUUGGGACACGAAUUGAUCCUAUUUUAACCAGAGCUGAUCGAUUAGUCGGUCAGGUUAUUGGCCAUUUAAAUAAAUUACCAGAUUGUUUUGCAGAGAUCGAAAUUUCCUACUAUUUGCUCAGAAGACUAUUAGGGGUGAAAUCUCAGGAUGGAGAAAAAAAUACAAAGGUGGCAAAAUUAAAAAAUGGAGAAUUCUUAAUGAUUAAUAUUGGGUCCACCUCCAUCGGGUGCAGAGUUACAGGUAUUAAAUCUGAACUAGCCAAGUUAGAGUUAACUGGUCCCGUAUGUACAAAAAUUGGGGACAAAAUAGCCCUAAGUAGGAGAGUCGACAAGCACUGGCGUUUAAUUGGAUGGGGACAGAUCAACAAGGGAAAACCCCUCGAGCUCCAGGAGCCAAUUUAA